CUCCACCCUAGGUCCUGUCCCCGGUGGCCCUUUGUCCCCGGACCCAGCCCCGCACUGACCGCACGCUCGGUGCUAGCUCUUGAACCACCGCAUCACCCCAACCCCCCAGCUCCUCCCCACCCCGUCGACACGCCUCGACCCAGGAUGCAGCCCGCAGGCCGGGCGGCCGUCAGGGAGGCGGUGGCCCGGGACUCGCUGGCAGCUGAUCUGCGGUGCAGUCUGUUCACCUCGGCCCUGCAGAGCUACAAGCGGGACUCCGCCCUGCGGCCUUUUCCCGCAUCUUAUGCCCGCCAUGACUGCAAGGACUUUGAGGCCCUGCUUGCAGAUGCCAGCAAGUUACCCAACCUGAAAGAGCUUCUGCAGUCCUCCGAAGACAGAGACAAAUGGGCCUGGGACCUGCUGAACUGGAUUUUAUCCUCAAAGGUCCUGACAGUCCACAGUACAGGGAAGUCAGAGUUUGAAAAGAUCCAAAAGCUGACCGGUGCCCCUCACACUCCCGUUCCCAUGCCGGACUUCCUAUUUGAGAUCGAGUACUCUGACCCAGCAAAUGCCAAAUUUUAUGAGACCAAAGGAGACCGAGACCUAAUCUACGCCUUCCACGGGAGCCGCCUAGAAAACUUCCAUUCCAUCCUCCACAAUGGCCUGCACUGCCACCUGAACAAGACGUCCUUGUUCGGGGAAGGGACCUACCUCACCAGCGACUUGAGCCUGGCCCUCAUUUAUAGCCCCCACGGCCACGGGUGGCAGCGUAGCCUCCUCGGCCCCAUCCUCAGCUGCGUGGCUGUGUGCGAGGUCAUUGACCAUCCAGACGUCAAGUGCCAAACCAAGAGGAAAGAUUCCAAGGAGAUGGAUCGCAAAAGAGCGAGGAUCAAGCACAGCGAAGGGGGAGACAUCCCUCCAAAGUACUUUGUGGUCACCAACAACCAGCUCCUGCGGGUGAAGUACCUGCUGGUGUACUCACAGAAGCAGGCCAAGAGGGCUUCAAGCCAGCUGUCCUGGUUUUCCAGCCAUUGGUUUAUGGUCUCGAUUUCCCUGUAUCUGCUGCUGCUGCUCAUAGUGAGUGUUCUCAACUCCUCGGCUUUCCAGCACUUCUGGAAUCGUGCAAAAAGAUAAUCUUUUGGGGCCUGGCGUGGGGACUGCCUCAGCCGUGUGCCUUAGGACAACGUGUGCUGUACCUCCUGUGUCCCACGUCUGAGACUGAGCCUGGUCAGGUUGAGCCUGGGGGCCAGUUGGGGACCACAGGACAGUUUUCAUAUGCCAUAAAUGUUCCGAUUGCCUUUGUGAUGCUCCCAGCCACACCCCGGCCAACAGGGACUGCCGGUCCCCAACUCAUAGGUUUCAGGGAGCCCUCCUGUCUGCUCCUGCCUAAACAGUCCUAGGGAGUAGGCUUUUCGAUCAGGGCCAAAGGAAAAAGUCCUGCUGCGUUUGAAAACAAAGUGUCCGAGCUGUCAGCGGUAUGUUUACAAUCGCUCCUGGAGGACUCUGGCCCUCUCUCCAAUGCCUUCUGGACGGUGGAAAAUGUGUAGUGGGGGCGAUAAAUCACGAGGCGGUUGCCUUGUUUUGACUUGAGACACUCAGGAGGAAAGUCAUGUUUCUCAUAAAAAUUGGUGGGACGGUUUUUGAAUUCCAUCUGCCUUUGUGAGUACAAAACAUUUUCAGUUUUUCUCAAAUCAACAAACAGCAUUCUGCUACAGCCAUAACCCCUGUGCCUGACUGUGGAUGAGAAAGGAAGGAGUCAGAUCCGAUGAAAGAUAAAAACCUAGCAGUGAGCAACUCAAGUUGUCUUUUUAAAAAAGUCGCCAACCACUGAUUACAGCUGCAGGCCUGCCUCCCGAUCUGGUUCUCACCACGCGGCCUCCACUGCGGCCUGCCUGCCAGCCACGAGUGCCACGCUCGGGCCCUCCGUCACUGCCGUCCUUCAAGACAGAGGCCGGCCUCAGUGUGUCACUGCUGUGUGUAGACCGAGCCUCCCCCAGAGGGGUCACGGGUCUUUGGGACUCAGCCUGGGCUGCACAUGUGCAGGAAGAGCCUCGGGUCCACUUGCUGUGCCCUCCCUCCUGCCCCGUCUCAGUCACGAUGGAGCCCCGUCUCAUUUGGAGGUGGGGGGCGGGGGGUAGAUUUCUAUAAAGAAGGGGCAAAGUCAUUUUUCCAUAAUUUGUGAAGUUGUGAAAAAGCCGCUAUCAUGGUUUUUACAUUGACUACUGGAACAUUUCAGAAAUAAUAAAAGUAUUUUCCUAAUCACCAGGUCGUCUUUGU